UUAUAUAUUGUAUUUAUAUAUAUUAUAAAUAUAAUAUAUAUCAGUUCAUAUAAUUUUUGACUUAUGCAGAAAAUAGUGUUAAGUUCCUUACAAAAUGCAUAAAGAUUCUAUUUGGAAGUGCUUGCUGCUGUUUUCACUGAUUUCUGGAAGCAGUCCAGUGCACGGCCUAAACAUCUUGGGCCUCUUCAUCCAUCCCGCAAUCAGCCAUUUUCAGUUCUUUCAACCGCUUCUGCGGCGAUUGGCCGAAACAGGUCACAACGUGGAUGUAGUGAGUCCAUUUCAUGAUGCGCAGCCUCCGAAGGGUUACACGGACUAUACCCUGCCCAGCGUCAAUUUGAGCAAUCAACUCGGGUUCGAUAUGUUUGAAGAUAUUCCUAUGCCAUCUCUGCUGCCCUUCGCCGAGUUCUUCAUUCUGUACGCUUAUGGCAGGGACGCCUGCAAUGCGACGCUUCAUAGCGAGGCACUCGCGCAGGUACUCCAACAUCCUGCUGGUUAUUAUGACGUCAUAAUCGUGGAGCAGUUCAAUACGGAUUGCAUGAUGGGUGUGGCACAUCAGCUGCAGGCGCCCGUCGUUGCCAUGAGCAGCAGUUCCCUGAUGCCGUGGCAUUACGAUCGCAUGGGCACUCCGAUAAUACCAUCCUAUAUCUCGGCUCUGUUUCUGGGUCAGUCCGAGCAAAUGUCCUUUGGAGGUCGUCUUGGCAACUGGAUAACCUCGCACACGCUCAAUUGGCUUUAUAGCUGGUUUAAUGUGCCCGCUGCGGAUGCGCUGCUGCGUCAAAAAUUUGGAUCAGGCAUCCCGAGCACAGGCGAGCUGGUGAAGAAUACCUCUCUGAUGCUCAUUAAUCAGCAUUUUUCGUUGAGCGGAGCCAAGCCAUUGCCACCGAAUGUGCUCGAAGUGGGAGGACUGCAUCUAAGAGCAGCGAAGCCCUUGGAUGAUGCUCUGCAGCAGCUGUUGGACAGGGCUGAGCAUGGUGUCAUACUCAUCAGCUGGGGCUCCCAGCUGAGAGCCAACUCCCUGUCCAACGCCAAGCGUGACAGCCUGCUGCGUGCUUUGGCUCGUCUGCCGCAGCAAAUUAUCUGGAAGUGGGAGAACGACACGCUACCCAAUCAACCAGCCAACGUACACAUCAUGAAGUGGCUGCCACAACGCGAUAUACUAGCGCAUCCAAAUGUGAGAGUAUUCUUCAGUCAUGGCGGCCUGAUGGGCCUCACUGAGGCCGUCUCCAGCGGCGUGCCUGUAGUAGGCAUGCCAGUCUAUGGUGAUCAAUUUUUCAAUGUAGCGGGUCUGGUGCAACGUGGCAUGGCUGUGCGUCUGGACCUUGGGCAGCUCAGCGAACAAACUGUAUUUGACGCCCUCACCCAGGUGCUGGAUCCUGGCUACAAGUUGCAGGCAGCAAAGGUUUCCGCUGCUUACAACGAUCGUCCACAAUUAGCGAUGGAUAGCGCUUUAUGGUGGGUGCAACAUGUGGCAGAGACACGCGGUGCCCCACUGCUGCGAUCUAGCGCAGUAAAGCUCAACCGUUUCGUGUAUUACUCCUUGGAUGUUUAUAUUGCACUUGGGGCAGUACUACUGCUGGUGCUGGUCAGCUUGCUUCGAAUCUGGCGGUUGGGUUGCGGGCAGAAGCGGCAGCUAUCGAAAGCCAAACGAAGCUAGGCUGUUCAAUUUAAUAACAGCUCAAUCGUUUAAUUCUUAGCAUAUAUUUGCUAUCAUUUAUACACCACUACCGAAUUCAAAUAUUAAUUC